GAUAAACACAACCGUCUGUCUUAGUUUAUAUCCAAAAUGGAUUCCCAUCGAGCUAGUAGUGGGACGGCCCAGCCUUCAUCGGUGAGGGAAGAAACUGAGGAGUCAGGGCAGACAGCCGAAGUACCUACUACCGACAAGGAUGGACAAACCGAAGAAUCGGAACAGACAGCGGAACCCAAGACCAACACGGGCUGGGCAUGGGUGGUUUUGUGCGGUGCCUUCCUGGUGUAUUUCAACGCGCUAGGUUUCACUAUGUCCUUAAGUGUUUAUCUACCUGUGUGGAUGGACUAUUUUGAGGCCAGUUCUGCGACCACAGGCUUAGUCAUAUCCAUCAGUACGCUUUGGAGGGGAAUUCUCAGUCCCUUAGCAAGUGCACUGUGCAACAGAUAUGGACCUCGUGUCGUGACGAUGAUGGGUGGGCUGAUGGCAUCGGGAGGAGCAGCCUUGUUGUCACUAUCUCCAUCCAUCGCUUACCUGAUUGUAGUCAAUUUAGUAUCGGCUUUUGGCAUCAGCAUGGUGUUUGUCUCAGCAAUGCAAGCGUUGGCUCUAUACUUUCACAAAAGGUACAGCUUUGCCGUUGGAAUUGCAUUGGCUGGGAUCAGCUGUGGUCAACUGGCUUACCCCCCUUUGAUUACAUACCUCAUUGAUCAGUAUGGCUGGAAGGGAUCUAUUUUAAUCACAGCGGCAAUCAACCUCCACAUUGUUGCAGCAGGGGCACUGAUGAGACCAGUAACUAGGAAAAAGCUUCAGCCAGAGACGGAGGAAGAUCAAGCAAACACAGACCAAAUUAGCAUAAAUGAAAACGCCUCCCAACGGGGACAUGGGGUAGACAUUGAUGACAAUGCUGUCGUUUCUGGUUCUAGUGUUGGCACAGGAUACAGGGAAGGUAGUUCCUUGGGUGAAGGCGAUGAUGAUGAAGAAACUGACGACACAGGUGUUGCCGCUAUCAUAGCUGACGACGCUACCGACACGGCUGAAUUCAUUAACGACUGCAGUGCGCACCCAGUCGAGGAAAUCACAG